CGCUGGGCGCGCGGCCCUCAGUCUCCGCACGUCGGCCUCCGCCCGCCUGCCCCGCCCCGGCGCGCAUUUCCAUUUUAAACCGCCGCCCGCCCGCCCCUCGACCGACCGCGGCCGGCGCAGCUACCCGCGAGCCCGGAGCCCCGGGAGAGGCGGAGGCUGCGGGACCGCCGAGCUGUGCAGGAAAAGGCCCUGGGAUGCGCUUGGGCCCCGCGCCCUAGACAAUGAAUCCGCGGGCGCUGCUGCCCGCCGCGGGCCCUGCUCGCCCAGGCCGCACCUGCCGGCGAGGCAGGUUCGGUGCCUGAGCGCCAGCCCGGCCCCCCAUGGCUCGGCUCCCCGGGCGCGGACCCCGGCACUCGGGCCGCGUGGCGCGCGGGCGGGCAGACUCCAGGGGCGCUGUUCCCGCAGCCUAAAGCGCGGGCCUCGCUGUGCGCGGGGGGCGUGGGCGCCGCUCCCUGCCCGCCCGGGUUCUGCACCUGGCCGGCUCUGCGCCCGCGGCGCGCGUCCCGGCGGCCGGCGGUGCUGGAUGCAGCGGGGCCUUGGAGGGCGGCGCGGCGGCCGCGGCCCCUGGGGACAUGUACCUGCUGGAGGGCAGCGGCGAGCCCGCGUCUCCGCCUGCGGACGCGAUGCCGCGCGGGACGCCCCCCAGGAAGACCGUCUACCGCAUCUCGGUGACCAUGGUCAGGAAGGAGCAGCUGGCCGCUCCGGCUCCGCGCCCUACUCGGCGGCCCCGGCCCGCGCGCUCCCCGGACGCUCCCGGGCGGCUGGAGGAGGAGGUGGAGGAGGCGGUGGCCGAGGAGCCUGAGGCCGGGCCGCGCGCCUGGGACUUCCGCGCCUUCCGCACACGCAGCACUGGGCAGCUGGAGCUUGGGCGGCUGCGGCCUUGCGCACGCGGCACGGAGCCCACGGACCUGCUGGGCAGCCCCUCCGGUGAGGGACCCAGCAGCCCAGAUGGGGAGGAGGCUCGGGCCGCGCCCCUGCGGCGGAGCCUCAGCUUCAGGCACUGGAAUGAGCCCGAGGCGCCGCGGAGCCCUGCGCUGAGCGGCGGGAGGCGCCACAGCAGCUCUGGGAGCCUGGCAUGGGCGCCCGACGACGAGGUCGAGGAGGAGGCCGUCCUGGAGCCGCUGUCCGGAGCGCAGCCAGCAGCGGAGAAGCGCAACACUUUGGACGUGGGCGAGGUGCUCAGCAAGAACGAAGCGCUCUCGGACCUGGAGCGCUGGGAGCGCAGCAAGAGCAAGAACCGCACGCUGGACAACAGCGACCUGCAGCGGCUCGAGCGCGCGCGGGCCGCAGCCGCCGGCCCCGGGGCGGCCUCGGAGCGCCGGCUGCUGCGCUUCUUCAGCGGCAUCUUCGCGCGCAGGGACGGCGGGCCCUCGCUCCGCAGCGGCGCCCUGCGCUCACGUGGUUACUUCAGCCUGCGGAGGGCCCCGGCCGACACGCACUCGUCCAGCGCUGAGAGCAUCGAAGGGUCCCCGCGCAGAGAUGCUUUCGUGAACAGCCAGGAAUGGACACUCAGCCGAUCUGUACCAGAACUCAAAGUGGGAAUUGUGGGUAACUUGGCCAGUGGCAAGUCCGCACUGGUGCACCGGUACCUGACUGGCACGUACGUGCAGGAGGAGUCUCCAGAAGAUAUGGACGCAGGUGGAAGGUUCAAGAAGGAGAUUGUUGUGGAUGGACAGAGUUAUCUGCUGCUGAUUAGGGAUGAAGGGGGCCCCCCAGAGGCCCAGUUUGCCAUGUGGGUGGACGCGGUCAUCUUCGUCUUCAGCCUGGAGGAUGAGAUCAGUUUCCAGACUGUCUACCAUUACUACAGCCGAAUGGCCAACUACAGGAACACCAGCGAGAUCCCGCUGGUGCUGGUGGGGACCCAGGAUGCCAUAAGUUCCACCAACCCCAGGGUCAUCGACGAUGCCCGGGCACGGAAGCUCUCCAACGACCUGAAGCGGUGCACCUACUACGAGACGUGCGCCACCUACGGGCUCAACGUGGAACGGGUCUUCCAGGACGUUGCCCAGAAGAUUGUUGCCACGAGGAAGAAGCAGCAGCUGUCCAUAGGCCCCUGCAAAUCCUUACCCAACUCUCCAAGCCACUCCUCUGUGUGUUCUGCCCAGGUGUCAGCCGUGCACAUCAGCCAGACAAGCAAUGGCGGUGGGAGUCUAAGUGACUACUCUUCCUCUGUCCCCUCGACCCCGAGCACCAGCCAGAAGGAGCUUCGGAUCGACGUCCCUCCCACUGCCAACACUCCAACGCCUGUCCGGAAGCAGUCCAAGCGCCGGUCCAACCUGUUCACAUCUAGAAAAGGGAGCGACCCAGACAAAGAGAAGAAAGGCCUGGAGAGCCGCGCGGACAGUAUCGGGAGCGGGCGAGCCAUCCCAAUUAAACAGGGCAUGCUGCUGAAGCGAAGUGGCAAAUCAUUAAACAAAGAGUGGAAGAAGAAAUAUGUCACCCUGUGCGACAACGGUGUGCUGACCUACCACCCCAGUUUACAUGAUUACAUGCAGAAUGUCCACGGCAAAGAGAUAGACCUCCUGAGAACCACUGUGAAAGUGCCGGGGAAGAGGCCACCCCGAGCCACGUCGGCCUGCGCGCCCAUCUCCAGUCCCAAAACCAACGGCCUGGCCAAGGACAUGAGCAGUUUACACAUCUCACCAAAUUCAGGGAAUGUCACUAGUGCGUCUGGGUGUCAGAUGGCAAGCGGCGUCAGCCUGGUCUCCUCCAACAGCCGACCUGACGGCAUGCACCGGCGCUCCUACUCAGUCUCCAGUGCCGACCAGUGGAGUGACGCUACAGUCAUUGCAAACUCAGCCAUCAGCAGUGACACGGGGCUGGGUGACUCGGUGUGUUCCAGCCCAAGUAUCUCCAGCAGCACCAGCCCCAAGCUUGACCCGCCCCCCUCCCCCCACGCCAACAGAAAGAAGCACCGGAGGAAGAAAAGUACCAGCAACUUCAAGGCUGAUGGGCUCUCAGGCACUGCUGAAGCCAAACGCAAAGCAUGGAAACUAAACCGUGUUGGUAGCCUGCGAAACAUAUACAGCAGCAGCAGCACCAACACCGAAGAGCAAGAAGAAAACUUUGAGUUUAUCAUUGUGUCCCUCACUGGCCAGACAUGGCACUUUGAAGCCACCACAUAUGAGGAGCGAGACGCAUGGGUCCAAGCCAUCGAGAGCCAGAUCCUAGCCAGCCUGCAGUCCUGCGAGAGCAGCAAGAAUAAGUCCCGACUAACCAGCCAGAGUGAGGCCAUGGCGCUGCAGUCCAUCCGAAACAUGAGAGGGAACUCGCACUGCGUAGACUGUGACACCCAAAACCCGAACUGGGCCAGUUUGAACUUGGGAGCCCUCAUGUGCAUUGAGUGCUCAGGGAUCCACCGGAAUCUGGGCACCCACCUCUCUCGGGUCCGAUCGCUAGACCUUGAUGACUGGCCCAUGGAGCUGAUCAAGGUGAUGUCCUCAAUCGGGAAUGAGUUGGCCAACAGCGUGUGGGAAGAGAGCAGCCAGGGACGGACAAAACCCUCACUGGACUCCACAAGGGAAGAAAAGGAGCGAUGGAUCCGGGCCAAGUACGAGCAGAAACUCUUCCUAGCCCCACUGCCAUGCACAGAGCUCUCCCUGGGCCAGCAACUGCUCCGCGCCACCGCGGAGGAAGACCUGCGGACUGUCAUCCUGCUCCUGGCGCACGGCUCCCGGGACGAGGUGAAUGAAACCUGCGGGGAAGGCGACGGCCGCACAGCGCUGCACCUGGCCUGCCGCAAGGGCAAUGUGGUCCUGGCUCAGCUGCUGAUCUGGUAUGGGGUGGACGUCAUGGCCCGAGAUGCCCACGGGAACACAGCGCUGGCAUAUGCCCGGCAGGCCUCCAGCCAGGAGUGCAUUGAGGUGCUGCUGCAGUACGGCUGCCCCGAUGAGCGCUUCGUGCUCAUGGCUACCCCCAACCUGUCCAGGAAGAACAACAGCAGGAACAACAGCGGUGGGAGGGCGCCCAGCAUUAUCUGAGCUCGGCCAGCCCUGCACCUGGGAUCCCACAGGCCCGCCGGCUCCGGACGUCACAGCACCACGUGAGUCCCUCAGUUUCCUCCCUCUUCCUGGUGGUCACCUUCCACCCACCUGCCAUUCACUCACUCCACACGAAAUCUCCAAACCUGGACGUCCUCAAGGGGAGAAGAGGAGGCCGGAGGCCACAGAACUGAGCCCUUUUCCCACACUCCGGAAGCAACGCAACUGACAACCUCGCGACUUUGAGGAUAGCACACCACGACGGGGACCCCCUGUUCCAGUGGCCUGGAGACGGAGCCUGGGGGGGGGGAGGGGUAGCAAGGAGAUGGGGGGCAGAGUCCCCUACCCGGCAGUUAAGCACAUCAGUACAUUUCACCUCGACCAAAAGGAGGCUUGGAUUUCAUGUCUUCUCUGGGGAGCUUGACGGCAUAAAUCAGAAACAAGCUCAGUUUGUCAGGUCUGAAGCCCCUAUGAUGGUAGGUGUCAAAUCAGUUGUAGCUAAUCUGUCCAGGGAGAAUACUGGCUUCAUUACACUUGUAUAGUCGAGUUCCUCCAGCAUUACCGCUGUUUAAUAGAACGUGAUUAGUCAUCACCGAGAAGAAGGCAUAUUAGCCGAGGAGGUAGUUACACGGCACGCUCCGGUGAUUGCCACGAGAUGAUUGCGGCGCCGAGCAGCAUCGUCUACCCCAGACAUGUCUCCCCAGCCCUUGGAGCCCUCCUUUCUAAAUUCACUGUCAUAAUUUAGUAUCUGUUUAAUUUUUCAGUCCAAAGAGAGGAAAUCAGUUGCUGGGUAUUAUUUGACUACAGUUCCCUUCCUUGGUGCAAAAAACAAAAAAUAAAACAAAAAUGGAAAAUAAAUAAAUAAAACAAACAAAUAAAUGUAACUUGGAAAUCCAAAACAGAAAUCAUGAGUUCAGCUGAAAGUAGCUCGCUCAAGUAUGCUUCAAAACUAAGCAAAUACACAAAAGGCUAUUUUUUUCCUAAGAGAGAUUUUUCUGUCCCUUGGCCAGGAUGGAUGUGUCAGGCCUCAGUCACUCCUGAGCCACAAGGUCUGAGUUACCCAGGUUUCUGGCGUCAAGAAGAUGUGCAAAAAUCUAUUUGAAUAAAGAAGUUCAUAAAUAUGCAUUGAUUUCUGUGCAGACAAAUGGCACCGUGUUAAUUUAUAAAUUGAGCUGGAUAGGAACUAAUAACGUGCAACUAGUUGAGAUCAGAGGGUUACAGAUCAUUGUACACGGGAAGAACCCCAGCAGCAAACACUUCCGUUAAUGUGAUAAACAGCCUUUUAAAAGGCGCGUAUCAGAAUAAGAUGGUGCCACAGUUUGCUUAUUAAAGUCAGGAAAGGAAGGGGGAGGGGAGAGUGGGAAGGAGCAGAUGAUCCCUCAUCCCAAAGGCAGAUUUCUAGAGCUGAGACCACCCUCUCCAACCAAAAGCGAGGGGCUGUGACAAGAAGGGGUGAUUUUUUUUUUCGGAGCAUCAGAGCCUGUGAGCAGCUACUAGCCACUCUGGCACAGCUGGCCCCCGAGAGCCCGUGUGGCCCACCUCCCUUGUCCGGCUGUAACAUCACAUCUAAUUUGCCAUGGCGGGGCACAGGGCGCAUCAGACACAGCCACCAUCAGCACGGCGGUCAGACGGGAACACCAAACCGUGACACUAUUUAGUUUUUAAAAAAUAAAUCGGGGGCAGCCUUGCCGGAGAGCCCUCGUGGCCGUGUGAUAGGGAGAAGGCCGUCACGCUGGAAGACAGAACACGGGGCGCAGCCGCCCCGGUGCCCUGUGGAGAAGGAGCCCCUUGCCCUCAUAUAUUGAACUUUAUAUUUUGUAAGAGUUUUUCCUCUUCUUUCACUUUUUAAAAAAAAAAAUAAAAGAAGGUUUAAAAUAGAUGGGAUGGAAAGUAAAGCUUUACACAGCAUAUAUGUGGGUAGGUGUCUGGACAUCUCCAGCCCCGGCACGGCUGGAACUGACCAGUAUCCAAAAAUGUCACAGGUGCGCCAGCCUCGGGUCUGAGGCUCCUGAGCUCAGUUCCGUAAGCCGUGCAUUUGGUGUCUCACCCUGCUCGUCAUCACUGUGUCAUUACUUUAAAUGUGAAUAGAGAAAACAAGCUGUCACCGCCUAUUUUUGAAGACCUGCAUUAGCAUCCAGUCCUGCCAUCCGCACACACCUCCACGUAGCCUUUACCAUAGACUUCUCUAGAGAACACAGAUAGAGUAUAAAUGAGAUUCUUAAAUUAUUUCUGUGUAGCUAAUUCCCACUAUAGGAGUGCUUUUAUCAUAGGGGAGCCGACUUCAGAAGGGAAAUGGAAUCCUUCGUAAGGCCUCUCUUCAGAGUGUAUAUGAGUGUGUACAUAUUAUUAUGUGUUUAUAAUACGAUAUUUUCCCGAAUGACUCCUUGUUUCACGUCACCCGCCACUGCCCGAAUGCGCAGUUGCUCGAUCUGGUUCCCUCCCUCCCUAUGUCGCUCUGACAUCAUCAGUUUUUCCUCACAACAUGUGGCCCCUUCCCUGCCAGUUUUAACCUCCCUGAAUUGUCCUGGGGGCAGCCCACUUUCCAUAAGCCUGAGUUUUUGCAACAGAUGGAAGGAUGAGAGCUGGGUCCUCUGGGAUUCUCUGUGCUCAUGAAGGAGAGAAGUGACCUAACCCGUGCUAAUACUUCACCAUCAGACCCAAGUACUUCCCUCAAUGACAACCUUCUUGUUCCCAUUUUCAAGCGGACACCAAGGCUGGGAGAAGCAAGGACCUGGAUUUUAGAAAGCAGUGCCAGCAUUAACUACUUCCUUUAAUGGGACACACUUCUUAAGGAGCAUGUCAACAUGAGGAAGUCAUGCAAUGGAGUUACUAGGAUCAAGACAGGAAGUGGGAAAGUCAGAGAAGCAGGUUAGGGAGGAGGGGCAGCUUUUGAGUUCUCAUCCCAGAGCGGCCUUAGGGCUGAGACCACUUUUCUGCCAGGCGCUGGGCCCCUCCAUGAAGUGACAGGUGUGAGAAGCCCACUACAGAGUCCAUGUAGAAGCCUUCUGUGUUCAGGGUGAAUUUCUUGUUGAGAAGUAGCCAGCUGGGGUCAGCAGCAAAGGGACCUGUGACUUGGCCGUCCCCUGCCCUUGGGAGGCAGUGCUAGAACCAGCCGCGUCCCAGGCUAACCUGGGCUACCUCUGCUGAACUCAGGCCUGGGAACAGUGUCAAAGGAGAAGAGUGAAGGCCUCCUUAUUCUGCUCACCUCUGAGAAACACCCCCUCCCACCCAUUUUUUUAGUCUGGAUCUACAGACAGAAGGAGAUCUCCCAGUGUCACUCAAGCCUAAGAUGAGCCCCCUGCCCUCCAACCUCAGACCUCUGCUAUUGGUCCUUUAGUUUCCUUGAGGUUGCUAGGGUGUAACACACGCAUUCAGUGCCAGUGUCCUGUCCCACUGUGAGGACUGUAGCCCCUCAGGCCUUGGGCUUCACUGACUGUCCACAGAAAAGCUCAGCCACAGGGUGAGCACCAGGCCCUCUGUAACAUCCCCUUCUCUGUCAAGACCCACAGGGAGUUUGCGGCUGAACUUGGUGAACCAGAGACCUGCUGGCCCUGAGCCUGAGCUGGGCUCUCAGUUGCCAAAGGUUCUACCCUUCCACCCUUCGUUUAGGCUGUUUCUUGCCCAAGAUGGGCAAUCUCCAUCCCUCAUGGGGACACCCCACAACAGCACAGCUGGGAGGCACAUGGACAGGGCCUCCAAACUCCUGAGAGGCUGAGGUCUUUGAGGAGUGAGCCUACGCCUUUUGGUGGGCUCUCUUCAGCUCUUCCGUCUCCAUUCUUCACACCCUACAAGGUCCCUGAGGCUUUGCUAGAACUCUCCCAGGAUUGCAUUUAUGACUUUGAAGCAAACAAAUUGAAAGGCAGUUAGGAAGGAAUUUGAAGAAACAUGACACCAAUGAGCAACUUUCCUUUAAAAAAAAAAAACAAAAACAAGAUUUUAUCCCCCACUGUGUCUGUGUGAAAGCACAGCUGGGGGUGGUCACUCCCUUGUCACUCACCAGAAAGCUGUCAGGGCCAUUGGUAUCCCCUGUGCAACCUUCUCCACUGUGUCUCUUGGAAUGGCCCCCACUCCCACCGGGUCCUGGGUAGCAGCAUACAGUGGGACCAGGAGAACCAUGUGAGCCUACUUUUUGUGUCUUGGCCUGUUUGGGAUGCUUCUCUGUAAAGUUGGCUGAGGUAGAAGGGUUUUUAGCCAAAAUGAUCACAUUCCUUCUUGAGGGGUGGGAAGGGGAAGGAGCCCGGCUACUCUCCGCUGGUGCCACUCAGCAACAGUCCCUAGGCUUUUAUUCCCACCCUGGAACCAAGCAGGGACAGCCGAUGUAGAGACAGAGACGCCAGUGACUGGAGGCAGGGCUCAUCUCUCACUUCGUGGAGAAAGACACGACUGACCAUCUGGGGGGUCCUUAGUGUUUAAAGACAUAAAGUCUCUCUAGGCUCAGAAGUCCUGGCCUGACAGAGCUCUUGCAGAUGCUGAGACCCUCUGUUUAGUUUCUACGCUGCUGCUCUUUAAACAUGGGUUGGCACCCUGGGUCAGAGCUGAAGAGAGAGAACAUUUCAUCAUGGAUGAUUCUAGACAGCCAAGGAAGCUUUGUGUCCUUCAGUUUUGUUUUGUUUUUUUGUUUGUUUGUUUGUUUGUUUGUUUUCAGACCCAGAUUAGGGGAGUUUAAGUGCCAUAAGCCCUUAGACUACCUGCCCAGGGCAGAGCACAGUGAAGUUCCAUGGAGAAGCUGUGCCUCCACUCAAGAAGCCAAUUUUCCUAGAGAAGAGCAGUAUUUAGUUUGGGUCUUCUCCUGUCUGGUCUAAGCAUUCUUAACUGAGGCCUCCCUCUCCCAUAGUGAGCCACAGAUGGCUGCGGGCACCCAGCACUGGCAGCUAGUCUAAGACCAAGCAAAUGGCCUUGGUGAAUGAGAGAGGUCAGCUCAGGGCUUGUCUUUAUUUUGCUGAGCACGUGCUAUCUGCAGGGGACCCCUGGGGGUCAUGAAUCAAGCCAUAUGAUGGACUCUCCCACCAAAGGAGGGGACUGAUCUGGAAUUCUGUGUGCAGGGAAUUACAUGGCCUUUGUCUUGUGAAAUGAAGGAACCAAGAAGUGUGAAUGAAUGGGUUGGGGGGUGGAGGGAUUAGGCCCUGAGGAGAGCCCCUUAGCACACUGCUGCUGGGAACAACCGCCCUAGGAUCACAUGGUACCCCAGGGUCCAGGUUCAGGACUGCAUCUACGCUAGCCUGAAUGUUAGCGAGGUGUUGGAGAUGGCUCUCAGAUGCUUGCAGGGGGAAAAAAAUAAAAAAAGCUUAGCCUGCUGGGUGGGUCUUGUGGACUCACUGAGGGCAUUCUGAGUAGAAAGACCUAUGUAGCCCCCAAAACAAUUUUUAAGCAGCCCGCUGUCCACAGCUGAGGUGCUCAUAAGAGGCCUGGCCACCCGGCUCAGCCGGUGGGCGGAGAAGGGACCAGGGGUGCUGUGAGUUGACGCCAGCCCACAUGUGGCCUCUGGUUCCUGCUCUUGCACAUACAUUGCUUACCUACCAGGCCCUGCAAUUUGUUUGUUUGUUUGUUUGUUUUAACCAGGGUGGUACUUUGGUUACCCAGGGCAGUUGAGUGGAGACCUGGCCUAUUAUGUGAUGGACAGGCAAAAGAUACCUUCAAAACAUCCCUGUAACCAAAGGGCAACGUGUCUGCACCUUCCUGUUGAAAUUAACCUUUUUCUUAUAUAUAUAUAAUCAUCCCUUUCCCUCCCCACAUUGUGGAGGUGGGGGUAGUAGUUUUCUUCUAAAAUAAUACGAGCUUCUAAGAUAAGAACUGGUCCUCCAGGCCUGAGCCCUGAGAGCUGAAAGGGUGUCCCAGGAAUGCAUAGGAGGUGGCUAGCCCUUUACAACAGCCUGAGGCUGGACCUGCAAGAGGACAGGGCCUGGACGUCCUCUCCUGCCCCUUCCCAUCCUUCUCCCCACUUCCACCUUGAGUCCUUCUCUGGCCACAGGAGCUUCUUUGCAAAGAGAAACCCCAUGGCAAGGCAGGGUACCACUGGCACUUUCCGGGGUUGGGGCAGGGAAGGCCACCUCGCCUGCCACAUGGAGAAGGCGGAAGCACCGUGGGGCUUCUCCAGAAGUGAGCGGUCCGUCUGGGGCAUUUUGAUAUUACCUCAUUCCAUAACUUUACGUUUCCUGAUGACUGAUGCUUUAUUUAUGCUUUUUGUCCUGUAAUGAAACCAUCCACAGACAUUUCGCUUUGCUUGUUCGUUCAUGCGACCUUGUUCGGGUUAAAUAUGCUGGUUUGUAUUUUCCUGCCUUGGGAUUUUGUGUCAGCUGUACAGUAUUCUAAGGGGAAAAGAAAAGGAAAAGUGUGUAAAGUACCAGAGAGGUGGCUGUAAUGUAGAGACCUCUUUCUAAUAAAGAAAUGAAAAUAUGUAUA